AUGCAGCAUGCAUGGCGCGACGUAAGUGACGACGUGCCAGCAGAGAUGCACGCCGCCUCGCUUGCGCCGCACGACGAUGCCUCGUCGCGCGUGCUCGCCAUGCUCCAAAACGUCCUUGCAGGCACCGUCGAAGGCGACGCCGCGCACAACGAAAUCCAAGCGGCACUUGCGCUUGCUUAUACCACCUUGCUAAAACAUGUACACGACGCCGAUACACUUGAUGACGCACCGAUGGCGCUCACGCUCCUCGGCCUCGCCGCCGAGGCGCUCGUCGGCCUCGACACCGAACCGGCCUGCAUCCUCGCACGCAAACUGCUCACCUAUGCGCAGUUGCACAUUGGCGCGGUGGACGCAUGCCACUUUCGGCGCAUCGCCCAGCGCCUCGGCGAAAGGGGGCACAUGGAGCGCGUGCUCCAGUUUGAGCACCUCGCGCAUACGCACCACCCCCAGCUGCUCGACGAAAAGCUGCACCUCGCGCGGCUGCUGGCCUACGACGCACUGGGCAGAGACGCAGAUUAUGCCGCGGCCCGCGCCGCGCACACGCCGCACACGUACGCCGCGCUCGAGCUGCACGCAUGGCACGCGGCACACCGCCACGAUACCGAUGCACUCGUGCACGCGCUGCACGCGCUGCAGGGGCGCAUACGGUCCUCGACCUACCUCGUGCUCGCCUACGCGCACGCGCCGCUGCGGCCGGCGCUCGCGUGCCUCGCGCCAGACGCGCUGCAGGCGCCGGCGCCGGCACUCUUUACCGCGCUGUUGCGCGCGGCGCACCAUGCCAAGGCCGACGCGCACAUACCCUACUUGCUCGCGCUCUUUGGCUUGGACAGCCCGGUGGCCGAGGCGGCGCUGCCCAGGGCAGUCCACGAGGCACUCGCCGCGACGUGCCGCGUCGACGCGCCGGCGCCGGCGCUGGCGAUGGCUGCGUCGUGGUGCGGCCGCCAUGGCAACCUCGACGCGGCCUUCGACCUCUUUCGGCAGACGCACGCGGCGGCACGGCACUGCGUGCCCCGUACGCCGGUCGAAGAGCGCCGCACACCCCGCGAACGCAGCGGCGACCACGCCGCGCUGCAGUAUGCCGCUGCCGGCGUGAUUCUCGCAUGCGUACGUAGCGAUCGUCCGGCGCGGGCGUGUGCGUUUGCCGCGCAUGUGCUCGGCGUGCCGCCGCUCGAGGGCGGCGCGGCGGACGCGGCGUGGGACGCGCGCCUCGCGGCGCUGCCUGCGGCGUCGGUCGAGCGCGGCUCGGCAUGCACCGCGGCGCUGCUCGAGUGUGCGGGUGCGCUGGAGCGCGCAGACUACGCGCGUGCGGUGCUCGUCGACGCCGCGGCCCACGGCUUGAAGCCCAACGGGCGCGUGCGCCGCGCGCUGGCGCGUCUGAUGAUCGCCUCGGUCGACGGGCACGCCGGCGAGGUGCAACACAUGUACGGCCGGCUCGCCGAGCAGGUUGCCCCCGCCGAGGUGCGCCUCGCGAAGCUGCGCGAGGCGCUCUCUGCGCUUGGCUUUGAGGACCACGUCCAGCUCGCGCUUCUCAGUGGGGCGCGGCAGCAGUGUGCGGCUGGCGCCGCGCGCAGUGCGCCGCCCGAGCCCCGCGACGCGUCGUACGUGUGGGUGCGCGACACGCCGCUGCAGCCUGCGCCCGACGAGCCGUGGAGCGCGGUGCCGACGCCGCCGCCGCCGCCGGUCGAGCGCACGCCGCACGCACACGCCGCGCGGCUGCGGCUCUGUGCCGCGCAAGGCGACGCGGACGGCGCGCACGCCACGUUCCGUGCGCUGCUCGAUGCCGACGUGCGCCCCGGCGCGAUGCACAUUGUGCCGCUGAUGCAGAGCCUGUGCCGUGCGCGGCGCACGUCCGAGGCGCAGUGGCUGCUGCGUGUCGCCCUGCCGUCGUGGGACGUCGCGCCGACGCACGCCAUGUACGCGACGCUGAUCCAUGCCUUUGCGCACGCCGGCGACUGGCGCGCGGUGCAGCGCGAGGUCCAAGAGAUGCACCGCGCCGGCCUCGUCCCCGACGCCCACCUGUACGAUACGAUCGCCGCGGCGCGUGAGCGUGUGCUGGACGAGCGCCCCGCGGUCGAGCGUGUGCAGGACGAGCGUCCGGCGGUCGAGCCGAUGCGCGGUGCGGUGACGCACCCUGGUGCGGUCGCGCAGCACUUUGCGCGUAUGAUGCACGCGCGCGACUACCUCGGCGCGCAGCAGUUCUACGCGCAGUGCCUCGACGACGGCCUCGCGCCGACCUAUGCGCUGCGGCGCAUGCUCAAGCGUGCGCGCAACUAUAUUGAAAAGCAGCUGCGCGAGGGUGCCGAUGCCGGUGCGCUGCAAGAGGCGCUGCAGCUGCAGCAAGCCAACGCGCGUGCGUCUGCCUUUGCCACGCACCCCGCCGGCAAGCGCCGCAUCGAGGCGCGCCGCGCCUACCGCCACGCCCUGCUGGAUCUGCUGCGCGAUGUGGUGUCUGGUGCGAUGGAGCACGCCGCACGUAUGUAUACCCCCAGUACGGCGGAGGAUGGGUAUGAGAAGUAG